AGACGGCUGUCUGUAAACUGCGUGGUAGUCAUUAUAGAAAAACCCGCAAGCUCCUCUUGGGACGCAGGGCCGGGAGUAGCUCGCGGAAUGGCUCUCACUGGUCGGGUGGUUCGCCCCGGAGUAGCGGAACCCGCUGUCCCACGGCCCGAGUUUCCCGGGGGAACAGUCAUUGUGGCCGGACGCUGUGGCGCGGCGGUUUAAUUCUCCGGCGGCGGCUGGUGGAGCGGGACGCGAUGGUUUUGACGGGGCUCAUCAGGAAACUCGGUAACCCGCCGGCGGAGAUCCGCGAGCGCGCCCUGCGGACCGUGCUCUGCAAAGUGGAGCUCAACCUGAUCGCCGCCGCCGACCUGGCCCAGGACCGGCUGCUGUUCGUGCACCUGCUGCAGUGGUUCAACUUCCCGUCCGUCCCCAUGAAAGCAGAGGUGCUCAGCCUCCUGAACCGGCUGGUGAAGUAUUCCCCAGCAGUCCAGCAUUUGGUUGAUCUUGGUGCAGUCGAAUUCUUGUCUAAGCUUCGUGCUAACGUGGAGCCAAAUCUACAGGCUGAAAUCGAUGGCAUUCUGGAUGGACUUUUCAUUCUUCCUUCAGAAGUCCCUGCACUGUGCUCUGCAUCUUACCAGACCGAUCAGAUUGAAUUGCCACAGCCACCUGAAAUCUUAACAGGAUAUUUUCCUCAAGACAGAAGUCAUUUCCAGCAGAUGGAAGUGCCUCCAGCACCCGUGGCGACUCAGACUGCGAGGUGUUGGAAGUUUGCUGCAUUUCCUUGGCUCCCCCUGACCACAACUGACAGACACGUCCUCUCCUCUAAUGAAAGCUCUCUAAGAAGUAGUAACCACACUUUGAUCUGGAACACCUGUGAACUAUUGAAGGAUGUUAUCAUGCAAGAUUUUCCGGCUGAGAUUUUCCUUCAAAGGCCGAAAAUUGUUCAGAGCCUGUUCUCUCUGCUGAAGCUGGCCUUCGGAGGCGAGGGGACCCCUCGCUUGGCACUGCAGUCGGUGUCCUGCUUGCAGCAGCUGUGCAUGUGUUUACGACACAGACUUCACUUCUACCGAGAUCCAGGCUUUUUCUCUAGCAAACAAGAUACAGUUUCCCAAAAUUCCUCUUUGUCUUAUUGCUAUGAAGUAAGAGUUACUCAUCAUUCUCAGAACCCUUCUCCAGGAAGCAGCAGCCCCCGGCCUUCUGUGGUUGGACGCACAGGCCAGCGCCCUAGAGGAGAUGGCCAGGAUUGGGAUGCAGUGUCGUCCAGCGGGAGUAGCAGUCAUGCGCUCGUGAACUCCAGGAUUUCCGUCCCCUCACCUCUGGAUGUGGCACACAUCGACCUGCCCGAGCUGGAAUCGGAAGACAUGCUGCAGCUGCAGUUCCAGCAGCUCAGUCUUCCCCAGUUCUGUGUCUGCCUCCUGGAGUCCACAGUGCCUCUCUUGAGAACAGGUAGCAGACAGAUGAUAAUAAGAGUUCUGGAAUUGCUUGCGGAGGAUUUGAUACUUAUUGGUGAAGCAAUUUCAGUAGAUAUCUGGGACGACAAUAGUCUUUUUGCUAUAGAUAUGAAAGAGAAGCUGCUCGCAGUGCUGGGGUCCCUGGGAGAAACCAUGUGCUACCAUCAAAGUAGCAUCGGUGUGGAGCACACAGAGGCAGUUCGCAGGCUCCACAGAAUGGCCUUUGUCAGCAUCUCACUGUUUGCAGCUCGGCUGCUGCAGAUGCUGCUCCCUGUUGAAAAGGCAAGCCACUUUUUACCAGAGUCUAUGUCAGCAGCAUUGUUUCUAGUUUCAUUGGACAUGCCUAUUUCUUUGGAAUACCCAAACAUUCACGAAGCUGCUGUGGCCUAUUUGGAACAGCUGAAUUCUGAAAACUACAGCAUUUAUAAACGAGCUGCAGAGGCCGUUUAUUCCAUUGAGUGUGCCUGUAACUUCCUGUCUGAUGUUGGGAAGGAGGGAGAGAAGAAUCUUUUAGAAUUAGUGGAGAUGGCAGACCACGCCUUGCAUAGCUUUUCCUAUCAUUACCAUUUACCUCUAAUAGAGGAAAUCAUCAACCUUUGUUCAAAGAUCUGGAAAUCAGCACAGGCCAGUCCAUUACUACAAGGGGAAAGUCAGAAAGUGUUUCUGCGUAUGUUGUCUCACCCAUUGCUACAAGUGAAAGUUGAAACUUACCACUGCUGUCUGGAAAUUGUUAAGGAAUGUUUAGGUGUCCAUAAUGUCACUAAACCUGUGUCUUCACUCUGUAGUGGAAUUCAUUUUCUACUUCACCCAAAAGUCCUGUAUGAAAUCUCUGCAUUUGGCAUUCAAGAUCCCAAAAAUGAGGUGAAUGCUGCAGCAAAGGCCAUCCUGCUAUACCUGCUGCAGGGACAAUUGAUGAUGACAGCGCUGACCUGGAACAGGUUUAUCGAGUCUCUGUGUCCUGUCAUCCCAGUGCUGCAGGGCUAUGCUGACCCGGAAGACCCUCUGGGGAACUGUAUCCUCCUCCUAAGCAAGGCGAGUUCUGAGGGAGGGGAGGAGGUCCUCCCCUGCACCACCCGGCUCAAGUCCAUUCUGCGACUCUUGCUCGUGAAGAAGCCGUCGGUCCGUUCACUAGCAUUGAAGCUGUUAGUCUGUCAUCUUAACAGGGAAGAGGGGGCUGAGAGAAAGCGCCCUGCAAUGGAUGCCAGAGUUCUCGCCAGAGCUACUAACUUAUUUAUCGUGAAAAAACCUAUUGAACUCAAAUUGGAUGACAGGAAAGAGCUGAUUAUUAAGUUGGAGACUGUUGAAAAGGUGUAUGAAAUCUUUAUUUCAGAUGACAUUGACCUUGUUUUGAGAAAGUCAGCUGCAGAACAGCUUGCUGUGAUCAUGCAAGGUAAUACCUUUGGUUGCUGUGUUGGGUUGGCAGACAUUGGUUGCUACUGGGCCUGGUCUGUUCUUUUUAUAGCCUUUGAGUUAAGAAUGAGUAACGGUGUGUUUCCUUCUGGCCAGCUGAUAGAAUGUCUGAUCCAGCCCAGCCUCACACUUCUGAGGAAGAUUCUCUGUGCGGACCCAGGCGCCCGUGUUUCCCUCGCACAGCAGGCUUCUCUGCUGACCCUGCUGUUCAGAGUUUCCUUGAUAUUUCAUGAAGAUUGUACUGUGGUGACUGAAGUUGGAGCAUUAUUUUGUCUCCUAUUAUUUGAUGAAAUAUCAAGAAUGGAUAUGUGGUCUGUUAUUCCUCCCAGUCAACCUGCUUCGCCAUCAGUCUUCAGUUUGCCGGUUUCCAUUUUUAGAAGGUAUCACCUACCAGUACAUGUACUUGGCCACCAUGCUGUGAGUCCUUACUCCAUAGUGUUGCCGUUAUCUGCUGAUUGUUUGGCCCUGACGCCAGUCUCAGAUAUGCUUCGAAUAGCUUGGAACCUCUCCUGGUAUCAUGGGACUGAGAAUCUGUUGAAGCAAAUGAACUCUGAAACGAAAAUCCAAGAAUUCUUAGACACACUGAACUUAUCCUCAGAGGACACCCUUACUCUGAAGGUGACACACACAGCCAGUGGCCUGCAGGACUGUCUCCAUGCUGUUGUUCAGGCUGCCGCCCAUAGAGAAGUGAGGGCUGCUGUCACCAGCAUGAGUUUUUACUUUCUGAAUGACAGAUUGUCUUUCAAGGGGGGCACUAGCCCAUGUGGGGCUGCCUUGAAGUUCUUGGCUUGGCAUACCGCACUAAACAGGUUUUUACAAGUGCUUCCUGCUUGCAUUGAAGAUGAGAAACUGCUAAUAGAUAUCAUACAUUUUUUAAAUAAGUUAUUGAAGGAGCAAAGAAAAAAUUCAUCAGUGGAACUUCUAAACUGGCUUCUAGAAUUACUUCUUAGACCUAGCCCAAACCCUUUGUUAGACCUGCUGGUUCUGACAGAGUCACAGGCCCGAGAAGAGACAGAUGACUUCCGGACGGCUGUCAGGCAACAGCUCCAGAAGGAACUGAUGGCUCUUUACAACACCCUGCUGCUGAGUUUCGGGGCAGUUACUGACAGGAAAUGCUUGGAACUUUUUUACGUUUUCCAAACACAGCUGGCUCUGAAACUGCUCCAGUGCCUGAGAGUCACGGAUGCUCCUCACUUCUAUGGUCUGCCUUCCCUCGAGAGGACCUUACGAGGGAUGGCUCAUCUCACAGCACUGCCCGGGUGGAGCUCACAUUCUCCUCUUGCAAAGCCGCUCGAAAUUUGUGGGAAGUACUUAGCAGGUCUCCUGGAAGUCAUCACUUCCUUUUAUGUGGAACGUGGAGGAAAUGCUAUGUCCUUCAUGGGAAAGGGGGUGACAAAGAGCACGAUUCUUUGCUUGCUUCACUUAUCUCAUGAGAUGAUGGCCGAGGCCCAGAGCUCGGAGUGGAUGCCACUUUGGUUCUUGCCUUUGGGUGGUCAUGGUGAGGAGCACACUCCUAUACAGCAAGGAUUGGCUUGGCUGAUUCCGUUGUGGGUGGAUCGCGACCCAGAGGUGAGGUUCACUUCUCUGGGAUUAGGAUCCGCACUGACCACCCUAGAAACUGGCUGUGUGGCCUUGGCCAACAGCUGUCAGAACAUUUCUGGUGGGCUCUGGGGAACUGUGGUGAACAUUCUUCUGGACCAGUCAGAGUGCAGCAUGGUGCGCCGGGAGGCUGCCUUUAUUCUUCAGAAUCUCCUUGUAAUUCCAAUGCCAUCAGUAAUUGUAAAGGAUUAUACUUGGCAGGGACCCUGUGUCCAUGAUGAGGACUCUGGUCUGUCGCUGGUAGGAAAGCCCGCGCUGCAGGCUCUCUUGUAUCACUGCCAUUUCUAUGAACAUUUGCAUCAGAUGGUGAAACAUUGUUACCUGGGACUGUAUACCUUUUAUUCGAGUUGUUCUGCUCCUAAUGGAACUUCAGAAAGCAGUGAUUUAAACGGUUUGGAUGACUCACUCAAGUUUUGGAGGGCUCCAUCGAGAAUGUCCCAUCAAGACCGAGAUCCUAGUUCUCUCUCCACUUCGGAAACAAUGGUGGCAUCUUCAUCGGGGAGUGUGGGACUAUCAUCACCAGUGACCUCAGCUGCGUCUCUCCCGGAAGCCUCACACGACCAGUUUGUGGCUCCAGGUCAGCCUGAAACAGUGUCCCCACGGCUCCCUCAUGACUCUUCCCUUUCUGCUCUCCUGCCCAGACCAUGCAUCCUGGUCACCCCACCCCUGCUGUCAGCUAUUUGCAGCCUCUCAGACAGCCUCCUGGUGAUUGCUCCACAAGACACAGCAUCUGCCUUCCGACAGGCUCGGCUCAUAGAGCUGCUCUGUGGUAUUGCAGAUGCCACCCUCAUAGAGACAUGUGUCCAGGAACUCAAGGUCCCGCUGCCUUCGUCACCCCCAGUGGAACACACGCAGGCUCAGGUGUCCUUUCUCCUCGAGUACCUGGCAUCUUUGUCCAGGCUUUUGCAGUCAUGUUUAUUGGUAGAUCCUGACCUUGUGAUUCAGGAUGAGCUUCUGAAACCUCUUAUUACAAACAUCAUCCGAGUUCUUACCAUAUCCACCAAAGAUCUGUUUGAUGCAGAGUUAGCAUUGGCAUUUUACCAGACAUGGACACAUUUAUUUAACCUCCUGGCCACAUUCCUGAGGAAAGCAGGAACUGCCUCGCUGCCACCCAUCACGACGGGUCUGGCCGAGCACUGGGCGGCAGUGGUUGAUAUGUUCUGCAAAUGUGUGGGUUUGUCUACUACCAGCCCCUCUCUCUGCACUGCCAGCCUGCAAUUCCUCUCUAUUCUCUUGACUGAAGAAGCAAAGAGGCGUCUUCGGGAUAAGGAUAAAACAGAUUCAUGCCCCAGUUCAACAGUGGCUUCACUUCUUGAUAAAACUCAGGAAAACCAGAAGUCUCUAGAACGACUUACUGAAGCCAUUAUUCAGUGCUACGAAGGGAAACCCCCCAAAGAUAUCUUGAAGAGAGUGGCUGCGAAUGUGCUGUUGUCGCUGCUGGCUGUCAGUAGGAGGGCUCAGAAGGUCGCUUUAAAAGCCGAUCUCAUCGACAACUGCAUUGAACAGAUGAAGCACAUCAGUGCCCAGCUGAGCCUCGAUUCCCUGAGGCCAGGGAAAGCCGCGCUCAGGAAAAAGGAGGAUGGCUUUGUUAAAGAGCUAAGCACUGCCAUGCAGCUUCUGAGAAACUGUCUCUAUCGGAAUGAAGAAGGUAAAGUAAGUAGCGCUACUUCUCAGAUUUUUAUAGCAGUUUCAUUUCUCUACCUGCUUCUCUGGGUUUGGAAGAUGCUAGCUUGGGCCCUGGCACAAAUAUCUCUUGGACUGACUUGUUUGUAUUUUCCCAAUGGUUGCAGUUCUCUUUGCUGGUCAAGUUCUGGACAGUAUCCCGUUCUAGCUGUGUACAGAGGAGCCCCCGGCAACUCUUUGAUGCUGUGUAUCCUGAAGUUGGCGUCCCAGGUGCCUCUUGAGAACCCCACAGUUCAGCAGAUGGUCUUCAUGUUCCUUUCCAACCUGGCAUUGUCUCAUGACUGUAAAGGAGUAAUUCAGAAAACUAACUUCUUGCAGAACUUCCUGUCUCUCACGUUGCCGAAAGGAGAAAAUAAACGUCUUAGUAAUCUGACCAUUCUCUGGUUGAAGUUGCUCCUGAACAUAUCGUAUGGAGAAGAUGGGCAGCAGAUGAUCCUGCGGCUUGAUGGCGGCUUAGACUUGCUGACAGAGAUGAGCAAGUUCAAGCACAAGCGCAGCCCUUGUCUGCCUCUCCUUAUUUUUCAUAACAUUUGCUUCAGUCCUGCCAAUAAGCCCAAGAUCCUGGCCAGUGAAAAGGUGCUGAGUGUGCUGGCUGCCUCUCUGGAGAGUGAGAGUCCCAGUGCUCGGAGGAUCGGCGCAGCCGCACUUUGGGCUCUGAUCCACAAUUACCAGAAGGCAAAAACGACUUUGAAAAAUUCAUCAAUAAAAAGAAGAGUGGAUGAAGCAUAUUCCUUAGCAAAGAAAACUUUUUCAGACUCAGAAGAAAACCCCCUGAAUGCCUAUUAUCUGAAAUGUCUUGAGAACCUCCUGCAGCAGCUGACCUGUCCCUGAGGACCCAGGCCUCUGCUCUGCAGCCACAGCCGCUGGACAGGCAGACAGCCGUGAAGCCAGCUGUAUGCACAGCUAUUGCCCGAGGACAGGCAAGCCCUCUGCCCGGGAUGACACUGAGUGACGCCCAGCUCUGUCCCUUCACCUCCCACCAGCUCUGUAGGUAAGAGCAGCAGCCAACCAGAAGAUGACGGAAAAAGCAUAGAAAGUGCUGGGGACAUAAAAUGUUUUACCUUUUCUAUGCAAUUUGCUUUGUAAAAAUCCUAUUUAACAAUUAUUUAAUAAAAUGUUUCUAGAAACUGAAAA